GGUCAUUGCCAGUGCGCACUUCCAUUGCAGAACAAAGCCUGCAUGUUUCAGUCAAGCGGCUUCACUGCUCCUGAUUGCAGAGACACAGCGUGCGCCUGGAUCCGGCAAGAGCGAGCUUCAGGCUCGUGCGCGUGACACGCCCUCCCGUGCUGAGGGGGAAGCGCGAGCACCGGUUUGGACAGGGCGCGCACCCGACACAGUCAUCAGAAACUCCUGUAGUGCAAGGCAAGCACUGGAGAAUCUUAGGGCACAUUUUUAAAGAGAACAAAAGUGAAAAGAGGAUUGAGAUUUUCAUUUGCACUGAACCAGUCAACGACCAGACUGUCGGCUCUUCAAACAAAAAAACACACACAAAGUAAAAUAACUCGCAGUUUAUUGCGGAGGGAAGAGCUGCCACUGGUGCCGGGGGUGCAAGGAGAAGGGGAUAAGAGGUUUUGAGGCAACCAUAGUUUACUUGGAAGAUUAUGAGAAGGCAGUUGUAUAUCUGAUGGCAGCCAAACAAGGAGAAUAGAGAUGCUGCCAGACCUGUUGACUUGCUUCGGCACUUUGUCUGUUUAAAGAUUUGAGCAAAACGUGUGAUUCACCCUUCAAAAAUAUGAAUGGAUUUUAUUCAACAGAUCCUGUUAAUGAAAUUAUUAAACAGAGAAUCUAAGCACAGUUAAUCAUCAAAUGAGGACAAUUAAUAAACAGGUUUCUUGUGAAGAGAAGUGUCAUUACCCAAUUAAAAAUCAAAUGUAAACCAAUCAACAAGAGGAAACAAAACAUCAGAGACAUUUUCUGUCAAUUUUAGAAGAAGAGAUUCUAUCUUCUCGGACCAUAUUUUUCUAGAAGCACUUUUUUGUGAAUUGCUCUACUAUCUUCAUGAAUAACAAUCUGGUCUAAGUGGAUUUGUGGAAAAUGAGUGAUGGGAAAUGGGUUAUCCUAAGUCCAGAAGAGUUUGCUCAGCUGCAGCAGUACACAGAAUAUUCCUCAAAGAAACUGAAAGAUGUACUGGAGGAAUUUCAUGGGGAUGGAGUGCUGUCUAAAUAUAACCCUGAGCAGAAGCAAGAUAUUCUAAAUCAACCUAUAGACUAUGAAGGUUUCAAAUUAUUCAUGAAGACAUAUCUGGAGGUGGAGAUACCAGAGGAGCUCUGUCAGCACUUAUUCAUGUCUUUUAAAAGGAAGACAUGCCAAAAUUCACCAGAAUCCCAGAGGCAUGGCACAAGCAAUUCACAGUUCAACCUGUUAGAACCAAAAACUAUAGAUGCUGGCAUCUCCUUCCAGACAGAAGUAGCAUGUGCUCCCAUUACAGGGGUUAAUGGCAAAAGUAUUUUGAAUGCUAUGAACAGACAUAUUCCGGAUGGCAAGAAUUCCCUGGUUAACCUCAGCGAUCAACAAUUUCUCACCUCGGCUCCUGUUGCUACAGCCGCUGCUGCCACAGCAACUUGCUCUCCUGGUUCCUCUCGGUCUUCCUCUCAGAAAUCCAGUGUUGGUGCUCAUUCUGCUCAUAACUCUUCUGAUUCCUCCAAGAUUUCCUCUGCUUCAAUGCUUAACACCCAAUCCCCAGGUACAAAAUGCUUAGACAAGAAGAUGAGUUUAGCACUUCGGAAGAGUCACAGUCCUCUAAAGACAUCAUCUCACAUGCUACAGUCACAGUUGCCACAAGUGGUGUUUCUAAAGGAUAUUGUCUGUUAUCUGUCACUAUUGGAACGGGGACGAGCUGAAGACAAGUUGGAAUUUAUGUUUCGACUCUAUGACACAGAUGGAAAUGGUGUUCUGGACAGCUCAGAAUUAGAUCGUAUCAUUAAUCAAAUGGUCCAUGUGGCGGAAUACUUGGAAUGGGAUGCGACUGAACUCAAGCCAAUACUUAUGGAAAUGAUGGAGGAAAUAGACUACGAUCACGAUGGUACAGUUACACUGGAAGAGUGGAUAAGAGGAGGAAUAACUACUAUUCCAUUACUGGUCCUCCUUGGCAUGGAGACAAAUGUGAAAGAUGAUGGUCAACAUGUUUGGCGAUUAAAGCAUUUCAACAAGCCUGCAUACUGCAACUUCUGUCUGAAUAUGCUAUUGGGUGUUAGAAAACAAGGUCUCUGCUGUUCUUUCUGCAAAUACACAGUCCAUGAGAGAUGUGUAUCCAAAGAAAUCGCGUCAUGCAUAAGCACAUACGUAAAGUCCAAAAGGAAUACUAAUGUCAUGCAGCAUGUUUGGGUGGAAGGAAACUCUCCAACCAAAUGUGAUCGAUGCCGCAAAAGCAUUAAAUGUUACCAGGGUCUCACCGGUCUCCACUGUGUUUGGUGCCAAAUAACUCUUCACAACAAAUGUGUCUCACAUAUCAAGCCUGAAUGUGACGGUGGCCAACUAAAAGACCACAUUUUGCUUCCCUCCUACAUAUGCCCUGUAGUUCUGGAUAGACAGCCCAAUCAGAAAAAGGCUGAAAGUGAUUCACCAACAACGACGAGUUCAGAUGAUAACAACCAAGCUUUUAAGCACAAUUCGACAACAGUAGAUGGCCAAGGAUUGCAGAUUACAACAGUGCCUGGAACACAUCCACUUCUUGUGUUUGUGAAUCCGAAAAGUGGUGGAAGACAAGGUGAAAGAGUUCUCAGAAAAUUUCAAUAUCUCCUGAACCCGAGACAAAUUUAUAAUCUUGACAGGGGUGGACCUGUGCCAGGGUUAAACACUUUUCGUGACAUACCAGAUUUCCGAAUCCUGGCCUGUGGAGGAGAUGGAACUGUAGGAUGGAUACUGGAUUGUAUUGAUAAAAUCAAUCUUGCAAAACACCCACCUGUAGCUGUAUUACCAUUGGGUACUGGAAAUGAUCUGGCUAGAUGUCUGAGGUGGGGAGGAGGAUACGAAGGUGGAAACUUAAUGAAAGUUCUGAAAGACAUAGAGAACAGUAUAGAAAUGAUGCUGGACAGAUGGAGUAUAGAGGUGAUACCAAACAACAAAGAUGAGAAAGGGGAUCCAGUGCCAUACAGUAUUGUUAACAACUAUUUCUCUAUAGGUGUGGAUGCAUCAAUUGCUCACAGAUUUCACGUAAUGAGAGAAAAGCAUCCAGAAAAAUUCAACAGCAGAAUGAAGAACAAGCUAUGGUAUUUUGAAUUUGGGACAACAGAAACAUUUUCUGCAACUUGCAAGAAGUUAAAUGAAUUUGUAGAAGUCGAGUGUGAUGGUAUCGUGCUUGACCUAAGUAACACAUCACUGGAAGGAAUUGCAAUCCUCAACAUUCCGAGCAUGCAUGGAGGCUCCAAUCUUUGGGGUGAAACAAAGAAACGAAGGAAUUAUAACCGUAUGAGUAAAAAAGUCCCAGAGAAAGUUUUUUCAACAACAGUAACAGAUGUGAAGGAGCUGAAGUUCUGUGUGCAAGACUUCAGUGAUCAGCUGCUUGAGGUUGUUGGCCUUGAAGGUGCCAUGGAAAUGGGGCAAAUUUACACCGGACUGAAAAGCGCUGGGAAGCGCCUGGCUCAGUGUUCCUGCGUCACUCUCAGAACAACCAAGCUGCUACCUAUGCAGAUUGAUGGGGAACCCUGGAUGCAACCUCCUUGUACGAUCAAAAUUACACACAGAAACCAGGUACCCAUGCUUAUGGGGCCUCCUGCAAAGGCAAGUUUACUUUUCUGGAAAAGAAGAAACUGCAGCAGAGAUUAAUCAUGCAGCAGUAUGGAACAGCAGACAAUUAUAAUGUUACAAGGAAGCUCUCUGGACAAAUCAGUGCUUUCUUUUUACUUUGGAUUGUUUAUUCUUACUCUACCUUUGUAGCACAAAGUCCUUGGACUCAAGUAAUGUACAAGAGCAACUGUGAUUUGGACUUGAAUGAAGAUAACUUCGUACCAUCUAUUUUAAGUGAACCUAUAAAGUGAAGUUGUAAGCUGUCUGAGAAUGACUAGAAAAUCGAGAAACAAUUGGAUGUCAGACCACGAAGUUUCCAUUUCCAAAGCUUUGCUCUUGUGUCUUCUUAGGAACAAUGCAACAGAAUCCUCACAAAGUGGUGCAGUGCUUCAUGAUGUGAUCCACAUUCACCAGUGCUACAAUAAUAAAAUGAUCCACUUCAGCUAUCUCCUGCAGACCAUGCACAUUGCUGACCAGAGUCCCAUUUAUUUCAUAUAACCAGCUCAGAACUGCAGGCAGUUCUGGGACAGCAAGAAGAAAUUCACAUUUUGGAAUUGUGAAUAGCACUAAUGUUCUGGAACUGUGAGCCCCCUAGCUUGCACCCAGAUUAAAUACCCAUGCUAUUUAAUCAUGCCAAAAAAAUGACAAUAACUAAUGGUGAAUCAUUUCAUCUGCUGUGAUUUAAUUUGCAUAUCUAUAAAAAAAAUACAUUUAAAUGGCUAUAUACCAAUAUUCCUCCCAUUGGCAAGGACUGAGAAAUUUAUUAAGUAACAUAGUUGUACUGACAUUCAGAGAAAGCUGUGCUUAGAGGCCAGACCUGUGUGUGCGCACGUGAAUCAUAUACAUGGUUGCCGAACAUUGAUAUUCAAGUUAAACCUAUGCAUCAGCACUGGUUGUGUUUACGUGUAGACUAUCAUUUUUGGUGUAGUAUAUUGGUGGCAAGGAUAGGCUUGUGUGUUCUGUGUGUCAGUUUACAAUCAUCAGCCUUAACUAUGUGUCUGGACAUAAAAGGUGCAAUAAUUAUUAAAAAAAAAAGUCUUAAAUGGUUUAAAAAAGCCAAAUACCUGUUUUUAUAUUCAUAUUUGCUACAUGUCAAAAGAUCCAUGACUAGAAAUCCCACUAAACACACUACUAGUAUGGUGAGAAGGUCCAUAUCUAUUUUGAAUGUACUGUAUAGUGUUAGAAGAUAUUUACUUUUAGCUGUUCGAAUAAUUUAGAAUUUUGUUACCUGUACAUUGUUAAAAGUUUGAAAGUUAUGUAAAAUAAAAAGUUUGCCUAUGUAAUGUUCUCCUUAGUCAAUUGAAUUGCUUUAGGCUUGCAGGUAUUGUGUAGAUCUGUUGUCUGCCAUGUUUAUAUGUAACCUAAAAUAGAUAUUGUUUUAAAAACCAAAUAAAAAACAUUCACAGAC